UGUGAUUUUGAAGUCCAUACACACAAACAGCGAGACUUUUUCCCCCGCGUACAUUCAGUAGUGACGUAACCAGAUUUCUCCUAUUUAUGCGAGACUAAACGAAGGAAAGGUCUGAAGGAGAAGAAGAUGUCUGAAAAAGGAGGAGAUAGAGAACCAUUGCUAGUAGGAGGAGAGGAAGGGCGAAAGAGAUGGUGGAAGAAAGUGUUGGACUUGGAGGAGGCGAAGAACCAGGUGUUGUUCUCGGUUCCGAUGAUAGUCACGAAUGUCUCUUAUUACUGCAUCACCUUGGUCUCCGUCAUGUUCGCCGGUCACCUCGGCGAGCUCGAGCUUGCCGGCUCCACCCUCGCCAAUUCCUGGGCAACUGUUACUGGUCUUGCCCUCAUGACUGGUCUAAGUGGGGCUCUUGAAACUCUUUGUGGCCAAGGAUUCGGUGCUAAGUUAUACAGGAUGCUGGGGAUUUACCUUCAAUCAUCAAUCAUCACAUCUCUUUUCUUUUCUGUCAUCGUAUCUGUCUUGUGGCUUUUUUCGGAACCCAUAUUGAUUUUGCUCCAUCAAGAGCCGGAGAUUGCAAAAAUGGCUGGCCUCUAUUUGAGGUAUCUCAUCCCCGGAUUAUUUGCAUAUGGGUUUCUACAAUGUAUUUUGAGGUUUCUCCAGACACAAAGUGUUGUGGUGCCUCUGGUCAUUUGCUCGCUCGUCCCUUUUGUUAUCCAUGUGGGUAUAACAUAUGUCAUAGUUCAUCACACAGCCCUUGGGUUCAAGGGAGCAGCGCUUGCAGCAGCAAUAUCGUUGUGGAUAUCAUUUCUUAUGUUGGCUCUCUAUGUGAACUAUUCAAAGAGAUUUAAGCAUACUUGGGAAGGGCUUUCAAUGGAAGCGUUCCAGUAUGUACUUCCGAACAUGAAGUUGGCAAUCCCCUCAGCCUUUAUGGUUUGCUUGGAGUACUGGGCUUUUGAACUUCUGGUGUUGCUGGCGGGAUUGAUGCCAAACUCAGAAAACAGUACGUCGCUGAUAGCAAUAUGUGUAAAUACAGAAGCUGUCACAUUCAUGUUCACGUAUGGUUUCAGUGCUGCUGUUAGCACUCGUGUAUCGAAUGAGCUGGGCGCCGGGCAUGUUGAUCUAGCUAAGAAUGCUGUGGCAGUGACGCUAAAGCUCUCCAUUAUUCUUGCAGCAGUGAUUGUCUUGUCUCUUGCCUUUGGUCAUAAUAUCUGGGCAAGUUCUUUCAGUAACAGCCCCACAAUAAUAAAAGAAUUUGCUUCGAUGACCCCACUACUUGCAGUUUCCAUGUUAUUGGAUUCAGCACAAGGCGUUUUGUCAGGGGUAUCUAGAGGCUGUGGUUGGCAGCAUUUGGCAGCAUGGACCAACUUGACAGCCUUCUAUGUUAUCGGCAUGCCAAUAGCUAUCCUCCUUGCAUUCAAAUUAUCACUAUAUGAAAAGGGACUGUGGAUCGGUUUGAGUUGCGGUCUCUUCUGUCAGGCCUGCACCCUCCUAUUGAUUACGUUGCGGACCAAUUGGAGUAAAUUGGAGAUGUCCACAAGCGACAAACGUGACCACGUGCUCGUCUAGCCAUAAAUCUGACUAAAUAGAAUGUAAUGUUGAGUGAUGCGGAGAAUGCAAAACAAGUUGAGUGGAAUCCAUGGUGCAAUCUAUGAUGCAAUCUUGUAAUUUUGGAAUGCUGUUCCUCUCCAUGCAAAAUUCAUGGGUCUGGCUUCUUCUUCUUUUUUUUUGCUACUGCAUUAUGUCAAGGUUGGUAGCUAUUUAUGUAUUACUAUGUAUUACUUUGGCAACUUAUACGAGAUGGUUUUCACUAGAUGGUUUUCAUUGUGUUAUAUCAGUCACCAAAAUGGAAUCAGUAUAAUGGCAUUUCUCCUAACUGCGUUGGAAGCUAUGUAACAAGGACAAUACAUCUUUCAACACAAUUUCAUUUUGAUGGGAUUGUCA